UUUCUUUCAAUCUAGGGUUUUUGAUAGACUGAUACACCGAUACUCUCCCAAACUCCAGUCCGCCCACUUCACCUUCCUCUCUCCCUACAUACGUUUCAUACAUUCUCUCUAGACUCUCUAAGUGGCGGGCAUGGACGAUGUAUGCGAAGGCAAGGACUUCUCGUUCCCGAAGCAAGAAGAGGGAAUCCUCCAAUGGUGGACCGAAAACAAUGCCUUCGAGACCCAGCUCGACAGAACAAAGGACCUCCCAGAGUAUAUUUUCUACGACGGACCACCAUUUGCCACCGGUCUUCCUCACUACGGCCACAUUCUCGCCGGCACGAUCAAGGACAUAGUGACCCGGUACCAGACCAUGACGGGCCACCACGUGACCCGGCGAUUCGGAUGGGACUGCCAUGGCUUGCCCGUCGAGUUCGAGAUCGAUACCAAGUUGGGAAUUAAGAGCAGAGAGGAUGUGCUGAAGAUGGGGAUUGAUAAAUACAAUGAGGAGUGUCGGAGUAUUGUGACGCGGUACGUGGACGAGUGGGAGAAGAUUGUAAGCAGGACCGGUCGGUGGAUCGAUUUCAAGAAUGAUUACAAGACUAUGGACUUGAAGUUUAUGGAGAGUGUUUGGUGGGUAUUUUCUCAGCUAUUUGAAAAGGGUCUCGUCUAUAGAGGUUUCAAGGUUAUGCCAUACAGCACCGGUUGCAAGACUCCAUUGUCUAAUUUUGAAGCCAAUUCGAACUAUAAGGAAGUACCUGAUCCUGAAAUCAUGGCGACUUUCCCAAUAGUUGAUGAUCCAGAUAGUGCAGCUUUUGUAGCGUGGACAACGACACCAUGGACACUCCCUAGUAAUCUUGCCCUCUGCGUCAAUGCAAAUUUUGUCUAUGUAAAGGUUCGCAACAAGUUCAAUGGAAAAAUCUAUGUGGUUGCUGAGUCUCGACUGUCAGAGCUUCCGAUCGAGAAACAAAAAAAAGGCGUACCCAAUGGGUCUGUUCAGGAUUCCAAAAAUUCAAAGACCAAGGGACCUUCUAGUGGGAAAACUAAGAAUCAGGGGGAUACUUACGAGGUGUUGGACAAAUUCCCGGGAGCUUCACUUGUUGGAACAAAGUAUGUACCAUUGUUUGAUUUCUUCAUGGAGUUUUGUGAUGUGGCAUUUAGAGUUGUUGCAGACGACUAUGUAACAUCUGACAGUGGGACUGGUGUUGUUCACUGCGCUCCUGCAUUUGGUGAAGAUGAUUACCGAGUUUGUCUUGAAAAUCAAAUAAUUAGUAAGGGAGAGAACCUUAUCGUAGCAGUUGAUGAUGAUGGCCUCUUUACUGAAAAAAUCACUGACUUCAGUAGGCGCUAUAUCAAGGAAGCAGAUAAAGAUAUUAUUCAAGCGGUGAAGGAUAAAGGCAGGCUCGUCAAGUCUGGAAGCUUUACCCAUCCUUAUCCUUUUUGUCCGAGAUCGGAUACUCCUCUUAUUUAUAGGGCAGUUCCUAGCUGGUUUGUUGCAGUGGAGAAGUUGAAAGAUGAACUGCUAGAAAACAACAAACAAACGUACUGGGUCCCUGAAUUUGUGAAGGAAAAACGCUUUCACAAUUGGCUAGAAAAUGCAAGAGACUGGGCUGUUAGUCGAAGUAGAUUCUGGGGAACUCCUCUUCCAAUAUGGAUUAGCGAGGAUGGUGAGGAAACAAUAGUUAUGGAUUCAAUUGAUAAACUUGAAACGCUUUCUGGAGUCAAAGUGACUGAUUUGCAUCGUCACCAUAUUGAUCACAUCACUAUUCCUUCAGGCCGUGGUCCUAAUUUUGGCGUGCUUCGACGUGUAGAUGAUGUGUUUGAUUGUUGGUUUGAGAGCGGGUCCAUGCCUUACGCUUAUAUCCAUUAUCCGUUUGAGAAUGCUGAACGUUUUGAGCACAAUUUCCCUGGCCAUUUUGUGGCAGAGGGGUUGGAUCAAACUCGUGGAUGGUUCUAUACUCUCAUGGUCUUGUCUACUGCAUUAUUUGGGAAACCAGCAUUUAGGAAUCUCAUUUGCAAUGGGCUUAUCCUUGCUGAGGAUGGUAAAAAGAUGAGUAAAAGAUUGAAGAACUAUCCUCCAUGUAUGGAAGUCAUUAAUGAAUACGGGGCUGAUGCGUUACGACUGUACCUUAUUAAUUCACCAGUUGUUCGUGCAGAGCCUUUUCGUUUCAAAAAGGACGGAGUUUAUGGUGUUGUCAAAGAUGUUUUUUUGCCAUGGUACAAUGCAUACAGGUUCCUUGUUCAGAAUGCAAAAAGACUUGAGAUCGAGGGAUUUGCACCAUUUGUUCCUAUUGAACAGUUCACUCUUCAAAAGUCGUCUAAUGUGCUUGAUCAGUGGAUCAACUCGGCCACUCAGAGUCUGGUUCAUUUUGUCUGCCAAGAAAUGGAUGCAUAUCGACUGUAUACGGUGGUUCCUCAUCUCCUGAAAUUUCUUGAUAACCUUACGAAUAUAUACGUGCGGUUGAACCGUAAGAGACUUAAAGGCCGGACAGGAGAAGAAGAUUGCAGGACAGCACUUUCAACUUUAUACCAGGUGCUUCUAACUUCUUGCAAAGCAAUGGCUCCAUUUACGCCAUUCUUUACUGAAGUUCUGUACCAAAAUUUGCGAAAAGUUUGCAAUGGAUUAGAGGAAAGCAUCCACUAUUGCAGAUUUCCUCAAGAAGAAGGAAAGGGCGGGGAACGUAUUGAACAAAGUGUUAAUAGAAUGAUGACAAUUAUUGAUGUUGCCCGCAAUAUCCGCGAGCGUCAUAAUAAGCCUCUUAAAACUCCACUUAGGGAGAUGGUUGUAGUUCAUCCGGAUACCGAGUUUCUUGAUGAUAUAACUGGAAAACUAAAUGAGUAUGUGCUAGAGGAACUCAAUGUAAAAUCCAUUGUCCCAUGCAAUGAUGUUUUGAAGUAUUCCUCUUUACGUGCAGAGCCUGAUUUCAGCGUGUUAGGUAAACGGCUUGGAAAAUCAAUGGGAGUUGUUGCCAAGGAAGUCAAGGCAAUGUCACAAGAAGAUAUUUUAGCUUUUGAGAAAGCUGGCGAAGUUACUAUUGCUACACACUGUCUGAAGCUGUCUGAUAUUAAGAUUAUUCGAAGUUUCAAAUGUCCUGAUAAUAUGACAGAAGAGGAAAUUGAUGCGGCAGGAGAUGGUGAUGUCUUGGUGAUCUUGGAUUUCCGUCCUGACGAGUCAUUGUUUGAGGCUGGUGUUGCUCGUGAGGUUGUUAAUAGGAUCCAGAAGUUGCGGAAGAAAGCUGCUCUUGAGCCUACUGACACGGUGGAGGUUUACUUUAGAUCACUGGAUAAAGAUAAAUCCGUCUCACAAAGAAUUUUGGAUUCACAGGAACUAUACAUUAGGGAUGCAAUUGGUUCUUCUUUGCUUCCUGCUUCCAUGAUUCCACCACAUGCUGUGAUCCUUUGUGAGGAGAAUUUCAAGGGCAUUUCUAAUUUAGAAUUCAUCAUCACAUUGGCCAGACCUGCUUUAAUGUUCAACUGUGAUGUCCUUCUUGCACUAUAUACAGGAGACACAAAAUUUGCCCAAGGUUUACAGACCUAUUUGCUAUCAAGGGAUUACCAUAAUUUAAAGUUGGAGUUUCAACUUGGAAAUGGAAAGAUUAAGGUUGAUUGCAUUGAAAAUCAGCCUGCAGUGGACGUGCUGUUAGGACAACAUGUAUUCUUGACAGUUGGGGAUUACUUCUUGAGCACAAAAACUCAGUGAUUUGAUCUCAUUGGUUGGUUUUACAUUCUUCAAAAUCUUUAUUUUUUUGGAAGAGUAACCAAAAAGAAGGGGCUAAACAAAGAGAAACACAUGAUUUCCAAAGGGAUACAUGCAGGCGGUUAUAGUUGUUAUUGUUGCUUUGUUGUAUAUGAACGGAGUUUCCGGAAAAUACAUACAGAUAUUAAUGAUUGAGAAUCGCGUGUAAAUAUCAUGGCGGUGUACCUGCAUUUGCACUGAAAAGGUUGUCCAUUAUUUUCCAUUUACAAUAAGGAGCUUAGGAUAUUUUUUGUGAAUUUUCCUGCUCGGUUGCACCAAUUAUUGACAAAGUGAACAAUACUUGAACCUGACGGAGUUAUCUGUACUCCAGAGCUCCUCGUGAGUUGAUGUGAUUGUAGUUUGAUUUACAAGUGACUAGAAUGAGAUGGUGUUGAUAAUGUAUGUGUAUGGGAUUGUUUUUGGCUGGGGCUCUUUUCCCUUUUUCUCCCCCAAAA